CGGUUUCCGGCUUCCGGCCGAGAGGGUGGAACCCGCAGCCGUCAUGGCAGCUGAAGAGAAGGACCCGUUGAGCUACUUCGCGGCUUACGGGAGCAGCAGCUCCGACUCGUCGGACGAGGAGAACAGCGAGCCGGAAGACGCGGGUCGCAAGGAGGCGGCCCCGGCUCCGACGACCGGCGGCCGCGGGAAGCAAGCGGAGAAGCGGCUGCCGGGCCCCGACGAGCUGUUCCGCAGCGUGACCCGCCCGGCCUUCCUCUACAACCCGCUCAACAAGCAGAUCGACUGGGAGCGGCAUGUGGUGAAGGCGCCGGAGGAGCCUCCAAAGGAAUUCAAAAUCUGGAAGUCCAACUGCGUACCGCCCCCAGAGACCUACACUGCUGAGAAGAAGCCGCCGCCGCCGGAGCUGGACAUGGCAAUAAAAUGGUCGAACAUCUAUGAAGACAAUGGUGAUGAUGCCCCACAGAAUGCUAAGAAAGCCAGGCUUCUGCCGGAAGGGGAGGAGACGGUGGAAUCAGACGAUGACAGAGACGAGCGUGCAUCCAAGACCCGCAGAGUGGAGCCGGGAGAGGCAGCCAAGAAGAAGUAGAGAACGGUGGCUCCUGAGAUGUGCCGUUGGGCGGAGUGUUUGCUUUUGUGCGUUACUAUGACAGACAUCUCCAUGAACGUAUUUAUGUUGAUGAACUAACGAGUAUCGUCUCAAGACUUUCCACUGUAGAAUUCACUUUUUUAUUUAAAACCUGUAUGUAUUUACAACUCUAAUGGUGACCUGUGAUUGUGAACUGACAGUACUUGGAAGCAUUCUGGCUAUCACAAAAUUGGUGACAGGCUUUGAGAGUUUGUCACAUGGACAUGCCAAUGUUCUAUGAACCUUUUAUAAAGGAUUAUAUUUUUAAAGUAAAUAUAUUGUAUUGUACUGUGAACUUGUGGGUGCUUUUCAUUAGUGUCUGUACAGUGUAAAUAGAUGAUCAUGGAAAUAAAAUUACUUAUUCAGCAUUGCUGUUAACUGAAUGCCAGUAACCAGUAUUUGUGACAAGCGACCUGCUUGCCCUGUGACAUUUUAAUUCACAGUGGUGAUAGGCUGUAGGGAGAGCCUCCCAUGUUCAGGUGCCUUGUGCAUUCUUCUCUCCAACCAUCCUGUAAAGAAAGUAGACAUUCGAGUCCUCAGUGUGUGAUGAGAGCUUGAGGAGCUGGGCAGAGGGAUACGCAGCAGUGAGUGAAGACAGCAGUCCCUCUGGCCGGACCCCAGAAUCGGAUCAAACACCUGUCCACUCAUCAGACUUCAGUCAUUUUCCAGGAACGUCGUCUCUCCCGUGUGCACUUCUGUAGGGGAGCUCUCCUCAUACCCUGAUUAUGCGGCUGCACUUGUAUCUGCCUUACAAUGUGCUUAGUCACUUCUUCCUUAAAUAUACGGGAGGCAGACCAGGCUAUGAAAGAUGACCAGAAUCAGCAAAGAGCAUAAGGCAUCCAGUUAGGUUUGAGUCUGUGUGAGUAUAUGUGAUAUAAGAGACACAUUAAAAACCAUUGCAAUUCCAAUUUAA